AGCUUUGCAAACCAAACCGGAAGUACACGACAAAUUUUGAUUUUUCCGAUUUAUUCAUACUUUUCAUCAUCUACGUGCUUCUGAUGCAUCCAUUAUGGGAUGGGUCUUUUGAAUUGACAUUUCUAGCAUCUGUUUCGAAUCCGACACACAUUUGGAACUAUUAGAGGUCACAAAUUUGUAAAGUGUGAAGCAAACCAACCAACAACAUGAGGCGAAGAGUGAAUGCACUGAACAAAGAAAACAUCUCAAAGAUUGUAACGGAAUUAGACGCAUUUCCUAAAGUACCAGAGACUUAUGUGAAGACAACAGCAUCUGGGGGAGGGUUGUCGAUUGUGAUAUUCAUCAUAAUGGUUGUGCUGAUCUACUUUGAACUGCAGUACUACACAGCAACAGAACUGAAGUUUAAAUAUGAAGUGGAUAAAGAUAUGAAUAGUAAACUGCAGAUCAACAUUGACAUGACAGUAGCUAUGAAAUGUGCAUAUAUUGGAGCUGAUGUAUUGGAUAUAACAGGCCAGAGUUCAGCCAAUAUACAUGGAAAACUUCAAGAAGAGCCUGUCUGGUUUGAACUCUCCCCCAAACAGAAAGAAUACCAAACUAUGAUUGCUCACGUCAAUGAGUAUGUGAGAUCAGAGUAUCAUGCUCUGCAGGACAUGCUCUGGAAGACUGGUUACAAGGGAAUGUCCUCUGAGAUGCCUAAAAGAGAGGAUGAACCCGUAGGAGCAUAUGAUGGGUGUAGGAUACAUGGCAAAAUUCAAGUUAAUAAACUUGCAGGCAACUUCCACAUCACUGCUGGCAAAUCCAUACCUGUCAUACCAGCUGGUCAUGCACAUUUGUCAAUGUUUGUCAACAGCAAUGAUUACAAUUUCUCUCACCGAAUUGAUGAGUUCUCAUUUGGUGUGCCUACUCCAGGUGUGGUGAACCCACUAGAUGGGGAUGAAAUGAUUACUAAAGACAACUACCAUAUGUUCCAGUAUUUCAUCCAAGUCGUUCCAACUAAAGUCCACACGAGUCAUACUAACCUAGAAACAUACCAAUAUGCUGUCACUGAGAGGAACAGAACAAUUAACCAUAGUAGCGGGAGCCAUGGUGUAGCGGGAGUAUUCGUCAAGUAUGAUUUAUCUGCAUUAAAGUUCACUGUGACAGAAGAGCAUAAGCCUUACUGGCAGUUCAUGGUUAGGCUAUGUGGCAUCAUAGGAGGCAUAUUUGUUACAUCAGGGCUUAUACACAGCAUAAUGGGCUGUUUCGUUGAUGUGAUCUGCUGCAGGUUCCAACUUGGGUCAUAUAAACCUUCAGACUCAAAGUCUUCCAAUGCUUCAGUACCAGUUCAUAGUCUAAAUAAUAUCAAUACCAGUAUAGAAACGCCACCUGUCACGUUGGUACAAACAGCUGUAGAGACACCUAUUGGACAAUUACAGAAUCAGAAUAAUAUAGAAACUAUAGCACCACCAUCGCCUACCUAGUAAAGAAUUUCCCAACUUUAAUUUUUAUGUACAAUCAUCUGUUUAUGGGAUGCUCAAAGGUUUGAGGGAGUCCCCUGAAUGUUGGGAGGGUGGGUAAUUUUAGAUGCAUUAUCGUCCCAGGGGAUGGGACCUUGUGUAGUACUUUAUCAUGGGAGAUUUUUGAUUAAAUUUGACCAGCUAUUAUUGCUGCCAGGGGGGAGGGGGGUAUUGACUUAUGGGUUGCUCCCAGGGUAGAAAAUUUGAGAGCCCAAUUUAUUGUCAAAAUCCCCGUCCUCCCAGCCAAGGGAAUCUCUCACAAACCUUUGAAUAGUGCAUUAAACCCUUGAAUGCAAUAAUAACACCUAAAAAAUAUGAUCCUACUUGAGUAUGUCAUCAUAUCUAGUGACAUAUUGUUACAGCUACUGCUUUUUAACUGGCAUUUGUAAUCUGUAACAAAUUGUUGCAAUUUGGUAAUUGUAACAACAUGUUAAAAUAUGAACAUACUUGAGACAUAUUGUUACAGCUUCUGCUUUUUAACUGGCAAUUGUAAUCUGUAACAAAUUGUUACAAUUUGGUAAUUGUGUGGUGAACAUGUAAAAAUAUGAACAUAUUUGAGUCUUAUUAUGUCACAAAGGAAAGGUAACAUUUAUUGAUUUAUAAUAUUUAUUUAUUGAUUUAUCUG